CCAGCUCCCCGCUUGUUUCUGUGAUAUCAACCAGAAAGAGCAGGGCACGGCUCGUCUCUGUAAGCAGCGGGUCUUAACGGCGCAACUGGUAUUUCUGAAAAAAAAAAUUGAAGUAUUUCUUCCGUUUUAAUGACCAGCCUGUCCGUCUAACCGCAACAAGCAGAGGAGGAUACAGUCCUUUGGACCGUGCUGAGCGGAGAGCGCGGCGGACAUUGCAGGGAUGGAGGGACCCAGAAAGCAGUCGUCGUCGUGAGGCUGAGAGACGGACGCUAAUUUGGAGCAGCAGCAGGUGUACGGAAGGAUAAAAGCAGAACCGGAGGGAAUCUCAGUGUUCAUGAAACUUUGCUACGAUUUACGUGCUGGGGUUGCCGUCCGCCAUGUUAAGGUAAAGCCCAGGUGCGCGGUGUUGACCAUGCUAAAGCGCCUGGACAAGAUCCGCUUCCGAGGUCCCAGGUCGAGAGACGACUUCCCGGAUCUGGGCGAGUCGCCGCCUGCCUCCGACACCGAAUGUAACGACGACGUGCCGCCGAAGCCCCGAGCGGCUCCGCGGGACACGGAGGACAUCCUGCGAGACCCUGCUGGUUCGGGAUCUCCCACCAUGGCAGCUGCCGUUCAGGACUACCAGAGGUCGGAGUCGGAACGCCUCAGUGAAGUCAAAGGUCACUUGGAAAUUGCCUUAUUGGAGAAACAUUUCCUACAGGAGGAGCUGAGGAAGUUGCGGGAAGAGACCAAUGUGGACUCGCUGCGGCAGGAGCUGGAGAGGGAGCGGAGUAAAAGGCUGGAUCUGGAGCAGAAGAUGAACGAGGUCCUCAGGACGAGAUUGGAGGACUCGCCACCGCAGCCUCCCCGAAAACAGCAGUCGCCCUCCAACAAUGGCACGGCGGAGAAACAGCAGAAGGAGGUGUGGAGUUCGCGGCUGCAGAAGUGGCUCUACGAGCGGUUCGGGGUUUACAUCGAAGACUUCCGCUUCCAGCCAGAGGAGAGCACUGUGGAGACGGAGGAGCCGCUAAGUGCUAAAAGGUUGACGGAAAACAUGAGGCGACUCAAACGAGGAGCCAGACCUGUCACUAACUUCUUAAGGAACCUCUCCGCCUUAUCUAACUGGCACUCUGUCUACACCUCAGCUAUUGCCUUCAUUAUCUACAUGAAUGCUGCUUGGCAUGGUUGGGCAAUUCCCAUGUUCCUCUUCCUGGCCAUCCUGCGCUUGUCUUUGAAUUACCUCAUUGCCAGAGGGUGGAGGAUUCAGUGGAGCAUUGUGCCUGAAGUGUCUGAACCCAUGGAGCCCCCAAAGGAAGACCUGACUGUAUCUGAAAAGUUUCAGCUUGUACUCGAUGUGGCACAAAAAGCUCAGAACAUCUUCGGUAAGAUGGCCGACGUUCUGGAGAAGAUAAAGAAUCUGUUUAUGUGGGUGCAGCCAGAUAGCACCAGGAAGCUCUACAUCUGCCUGUGGGUUGCUUUCAUCUUCUCCUGCGUCCUCCCGUACAAGCUGAUGGGUUUCAUGAUGGGAGUGUAUGCCGGUAUCAAGUUCUUCAUUAUAGACUUCCUGUUUAAGAGCUGUCCGAAGCUUCGGGACAAGUACGACACGCCGUACAUCGUGUGGAACAGCCUCCCCACCGACCCCCAGCUCAAAGAGCGGACCAACGCCACUGUGUCCCGGCGGCUCUCCUGCAUUGAGAAGGUUCAGCCGGUGGUGUCUCGGAGCAGCCUCGCCACCGUCCCCAGCGGCAUGAGCAGAGAAGACGACGCCGGUCGCUCCCACAGCACCAAAAAGGGUCCCUUCCACGAGAUCUUCAACCUGCCGGAAACAGAGCGCCCUCUGGCGGUGUGCGAGAACGGCUGGAGGUGUUGUCUGAUAAACAGAGAUAGGAAGAUGCCCACAGACUACAUCAGGAAUGGAGUUCUUUACGUCACAGAGAAUUACCUUUGCUUCGAGAGCUCCAGCUCCAAAUCCAGCUCUUCCAAGAAGAAUAAAGUGAUCAAGCUAGUGGACAUCACAGACAUCCAGAAGUACAAAGUGCUGUCGGUCCUGCCGGGAAGCGGCAUGGGCAUCUCUAUAGCCACUCCCUCCACUCAGAAGCCGCUGGUGUUUGGCGCCAUGAUCCACAGAGACGAGGCGUUCGAGACCAUCUUCACCCAGUACAUGAAGAUUGUGACCACCUCCAAACCACCGGCCAGCACAGAGCUUUAGACCCUUCCCCAUUUCCACUCCUCGUUGAUGUUGGGGAGCUUCUGAUUUCCCUCAAAUUCCUCCGGCUCUCUGGACGAGCGGCAGCUUCUUGUUGGAGGCACCUAGGGGAAACUGCUCAUCCUGAAGGGGGCGCUAACAGAGGAGUAGUUUUAACCAAUCAGCAGAGGGCUGAUGGAGGAGCUGGAUCUCCUCUUCCAACUGACUUUUUCUGGCUUUCUUGGUUCUGGUGUUGCAUGUGUGGGUGUGUGUGUUAUUGUGCGUCAGUUAUAUAUUUUUUUUCUCUCCAUCACUCCCCACUCAACGGGGCGCCGUCUGCUACAAUAGGAAGCUCUCUCUAGCAGAUAACAGAACCUACUUUAAACUGCCAGAUGCAGAAGUUCUUGCUGUAUAUCAAAGUAUUCAUGUCAAACCGGUGCCUCUUGGCUAAACCCGACAGAACCAGAGGUGUGAACAUGUCCGACUGUUUUCGUUUUUCUGUUUUCUUCUGUGUUUUAUUAGCUGUGAAGACGUCAGCCUGCAACUGACACCAGAGCCUUUCUGUUAGUUUACAUCGCCGUCUUCGGCGCCGUCCGGCUUACGAACUGACAAAAACGUCUCAGCCUCCGCUUCUGUGUUUUUGUAAGUGUGCAGACGUGAAAUGUGUCGUGAACUUUUUUUUUUUUGCCGCCUUAUCCUUUGGAAGUCUUUUGUUUGUCUUCUUAGACAGCCUUUGUUUUCUUUGUUUGGAUGCUGGUAGCGGUGCGAGCUGCCGAUUGUAUCCAAGACGAGAGCACAACGCUGACUGCCAUUUAGAUAGGUGGCGGUUGGAAAUCGCAGAUUCCUCACAAGCUGUGUGACGAAAUCUAUUUUUAUUUUUUAAACAGCUGGUAUAUUUGCUGCACUUUACCAGAACUCCUAACUGAACUAGCUGGGAUGUGUGUUGGACACUUAAAAUCUUGACGCAUUCUUUUGUUCAACAAAAGCAGACUCUGAAGUCCCAUGAAUAAAAUGUGCAAUUAAAAUAAUAAUUUAACCCUCACAUUAUUUAUCAGCUGGAAAUCAAAGCCAGCUUGCAUAGAGAAAUGUAAAAAAAACAAAACUCUUCUGAUUUAUCUCACUUGAAAUGAGUAAAAGUUUAGCAGGAAAAGUUAAAACAUUAUUCUACAAUAACAAGAUGUACAGUGCCUCACAAAAGUAUCCAUAACUUCUAAACUUGUUCAUUUGACACAUUUUAUCAACGUUUUACCACACAAAAUACUGCUUUGUGAGGUGGAAGGAAUAAUAUUUUUGCAAUUAGAAGUCUGACCUGUGGGAUGUUUUUAUUUAUCCCUCUCACACCCCCAUUAAUUUAUUUUGCAAAUUUUCUGAGUCGUGUCUUCCAAAUGCUGGUCUUUUCCAUUUCUCUUCAACUAAAUAACUCAAGUUUAAUCAGAUUGGUUGGAGAUGAUAUGUGGACAUCAGUUCCAAGAAUCAAGAAUAUCUUUAUUAGACCCGCAGGGGGGAAAUUUACAUUUUAGUACAGCCCAUCCAAGAACAAAAAACAUAAGACAUGGGUAGACAGGUGCCUAAGGCUGCAGUCAUGGGAGGCGCUGCCCUAGUUUUAUUUUAUUUUUAAUUUUUUUAAACCUUACUGUAAUCCUCAAUGGGAUUCGGCUCUGGACUUUGACUGGGCCAUUUUAACCAGUUUUUAUUUUCCCCACAAGAUUGUUCAGUUUUAGCGCCAUCCAAAUUCCACCCUGUGCUAAAAAUGGCAUGCCCACAGAAAGACGCUACCACCACCAUGCUUCUCCAUUGGGAUGGUGUGAUCAAAGGGAUGUUUAGGGUAAAUCUCCCAGCAUAUAGAAGGUUUAACGUUUUGGCCAGAAAGUCCAAAUUAGCUUCUUUCACCUGUCAAACAUUAACUUUGACUGUUUUAACCAUGGCUUCCUUCCAUAAAAGCCACAUUAAUAGUUGCCCAGCCUCUCAUUAUUAACGCUCUCCUUUCAUGGCUGGUCAGUUUAGGUGGAAUACUUUUCUCAGGCACUGUGUCUACUUGUUUCCCUAACGCCACAGAUUCUACUAGUGUUCCAGAUAAUCUGUGUUUUCAAGCAGUAGUCGAUGACUUUGACUGAAGCAUCUUCAGUGUCACUUUAUUUUGAAAUUCACAAGACUAAAGCUGGUCUUUUCUCUUGUCGAAUGGCUUGCUAUGUAGAAACGUAAUGCCAAACCACAUAAGACACUUUCUGGUGUUUUUUUUUAGUGAGAAGAAUGCAGUGCAGAAUUGAAGUUUUAGUGCGAUUGAUAUAUAGAUAUAAUAGAGUAGCUCCUUUUACACUCUCCAGCAGCACACCAUUUAAUGUUCAUGUAUGUCCUUAACACUGUUAAAAGGGGGAAACCUUGACAUUUCCUCUGUUUCUGAUCUUAAAAAAAAAAACAACAACUUUGAUGUUGGUCUGCUUUUAAAAGACUGAAUCUACGAUCCUCCAGGGAAGCAGAGGAUUUAGCUGAACUGCCCUUCAGAACUGCCCUCAACACUGGAAAUGUCUGGGUUUCUCUUAAAUCCUGACUCCUCCUGUUCUCAGUCCGGAUCAACGAAACUGGAUAUGAAGUUGCUUGAAAUGCAGCAGACCAGCUUAGUCCGUUUGUAGUGCGAGAUUAUUGUUUUAAAGCUUUUCAUUUAGCUUUUGGAAUCGGUUCACGCUGAGAACUUGUGGAUCAUUGCAGAGUCGUACUCAUAUAUAGCAAAGAAUGCAUCAUGUUUUGGUAGCACUAUAGAAUACAGCCUCCACUUUCCUGGAACUGAAGGUUGAUUUCCCAGAACUUGGACCGUUUUCCUACUUUUUCUUUCUCAAUAAUCAAAUCACUAUUACCUGUGAUGCACCACCAGGUGGAGCUCCUGAGCAGGGAUAGAGCAGUGCUCUCAAACAUUUUUGCUCUUAAGAAAACAUGAGCGACAUUUGUUUUUUCACGUUCUGCCAACUUUCUUUCAUUUUGGGCACAAAAUGAAGAAAGUGAGACAGAUGUAGGAAGAAAAAAUAACAAUGCCUUUCCUUUUGCUUUUGUGCACAGAAACAGGGACAGGCCAUGUACAAAGUGAGUCUUUGGCAUCAUUUUAGUAAAGAUCUCUGGAUGUCCAAUCCAUAAUUGCAUCAUGAAGUUUUUCUUUUUCUUUUAGUUCUUUGGAUUUUUGUUUUUAAAUUCCUUUUUUCACAAAAAACUGGAAUGUGAGCUGCAGAGUGUCUGAGUUAUUUUAGAGAGUCUCAAAACAUUUCAUGAACUUACCACGUACUUUCUGGAAACUACUCGGGCAUUUUUGGAAAAUUACCAGGAUUUUUUUCUGAACUUGGAAGCUAAUUUCAAUACUUUGGCGUAAUCUGUGUAUCCUUGCAGCAAUCUGGCAUCAGCUUGAUCUGCUGAUGCCAGUUUACUCCUGGACAACAAUCAGAUUCCACAAAAGUAGUUUGCAUGUUGAGCUAGGAACCUGGCAAGCGGCAAACCAGAAAAGUUCCUUUUGAGUUAUGGUAAAAUCCCAAAAAAGUACCUAGUAUACUCUUGGGAAGUGCUAGUAAGUUUGUUAUAUAGCUCAAGGUAAAGUAAUUGAGUUAUUUUUUUGUUUAUUUGGCACAGAUUCACAACAAAUCAAGGUACAAAACUGACAGAUGAUCCAAAUCCAGGAAAUCAAGCCCAUUGCAUUGAAUCACUGACUUUUGCACCAAUCCCUUAUCGUAAUCAUGCAUCGGUAGAACCCAAUAAGUGCCAUGAUGGCUCUAAGAAAGUUUCUGGUUAGUUCUGGUAAAGUAAUCUUGGCAUUCUGGGAAAGUUCAGGCUGUCCCAUGGAGUAUUACCCAUGUUUGAAAAGUGGAACAUUCUUUUUUGUUGUUGUUUUUGCCAAAUCUUUUGUUUUUGUCUGCCAUGCUCUGCCUAUGCUCACGUUUACAUUGAAAAUGGUUUGAUGUUUCUAUUUUAGUUAACCCAGUUUGAAUUCCUUUCAUUUUGGAGUUAUGAAGACUGGCCUGCUGUUCUGAAAUGCUUUUAUUUUGUUGCAUUUUUUUUUGGGUCUCCACUCACAUGGGCUCAUCACCACUUGCUUUCAUGACCCCCUCUGCUCACCAGUAGGCGAGCAUCAACCAUAGCAGCAACGAAAUCAGUAUUUUAAGCUUCUGACUGCAUGCUACAGUUAAUGUUCAGGUGUAGUUGAAGCUGCCAGAAGCAUCACAAUCACACGCUAAAAUAAAAAGCAGAGAUGGUCAUGUUGGACUGAAAGGGCAACAUCACUGAUUUGCACCAUUUCCAAAACAGAAGUGUUGUCGCUUUCCUUUCAUCUGGUGUCCUCUCUUUCAUGAAGUAUGUUGUUAACUGUGCGUUAGUAUUAUCGAAGUGUUGUCCAAAAAGCAUUUCAUCAUCAAAGUGAUUCUCAGAGUAUAAACUGUGGAACAUCUCCAUGGCUCCUGCAUCGUUUAAGAGAAAUCAAAGUAAUUCUGUCAAAGCUGUAAAACAGCUCACAUCUGACACGACGGAACUAAAGACUUUAUUAUGAUGCAAUCAUAACAUACAGUCAAUCAGUUGUAAGAAACUGCAGGUUUUAUGGAGAGUAAUUUGUCACAGGCUCCUUAUUUUUGAUUUUUUUUUUUUUCUCAGAGGAAUUUGUAUACAAAAUAAUUCAAAUGUAAAGAAACCAGAGAGUUUUUAAAAAGACAUGUCUAUUGUAAAAGAUAAUGUGAUGUACAUUUUUUAAAAUUUAAGUAAAAGAAUUGAAGGUAC